AUGACAACUACCAUUUCUCCCCAUUAUAACCUCGCUGCCUUGCUAGCCACGGACAUUCGCGAAGAUCUUCCUGCGGAACAUGUCGCACACAUCAUCAGCCACCCGCCGUUUGUUUGCAUCCCCGGCACCUUCAACGUUCGCGAUCUCGCUGCUCCAGGACAGACCUUGCGGUCGGGAUACGUCUAUCGUUCCGGGGCCCUGAACAACCUCACAGACGAAGGUAAAUCGGCUCUGGUGCAGAAGCUAGGCAUCACCACUAUUUUUGAUCUACGGAAUGCCUCCGAGCGAGUCAAAUCACCAACCCCGGAAAUACCUGGCGCAGAAGUCAUCUGGAUACCGUAUUCGAGUGACCCUGGGGAAAUCGAUCUAAAAGCGUUUGCGAGGGAAGAGCAUGACUUGACGGGGUUUAUCGAUCUCUACCUUGAUACCCUGCGGAUUUCUGGCUCCACGUAUCGGAGAGUCUUUGAGCAUAUUCGGGACUGUCCGGAUGCGCCAUUCCUGUUUCAUUGUACCGCUGGCAGAGAUCGCACCGGUGUCCUCGCUGCCCUCAUCCUGCGUCUCGUGGACACGCCGCUGGAAGACAUCACGCAUGACUAUGCGCUUACCCGUAUUGGCAUUGAGCCCGUUCGCUCGUCCCUCCUGAGUAAGUUGAAGGGCCACGUGGGUGACUCUCACGAGAGUGCUGGACUGCUGGGGCUGGCGAGGCAGAAGGCUGGUGCCAUUGGAGCAUUCAUAGAAGUUUUUGAAUUGGAGUUUGGAAGCACCCAAGAAUACAUUAUCCAUGAGUUGGGACUCACGAAGAAUGACGUGCAAAGGAUCAAACAAAAUCUUGUACAUCAGUUGAAUGAUGAGGUCUGA